CUUGCACAUACGUGAUCGCACUCGAUCGCCCGUGGCGACCCUUUUUGUUUACCCAGACUCCGAGAACCUAUUUGCACGCUUCUAAAAACACUUUUGAGCUAGACCUUAGUGCGACAGUUCUGAGCAGACAUUGAUGUUGCUCUAUUCAGCGUUUGAUAUUUAGAAUUCACAACCAUUUGUGGGUACACAUCGAAAGUUUAAGUAUGGAGACUGCAGACAUAACGGCCAAACUCAUUGUAUGUCUCGUAGCAUCCUUACAUUUCUCAGCUGCUGAAGAUGUUCAAUCGGCUCAUUCUCACGAUCAGUCCUCUUCCAAGACCUCGUUCCCACCCGGCCACCUGAAGCCUUUGGCUUCCGAGUCUACCCGCCUCCCCGUCUCGGUCAUCGAGGAGUUCCCCUCCCCGUCCGAGUUCUUUCGCGACUAUGUCUACCCUUCAGUUCCUGUUCUCGUCAGGCAGGGAGCGCGGCGUUCGCCGGCCUUCCGGAAGUGGACCGACGAGUACCUGAAGAGCUUGCCCGAGUCUCAGGAACUGAUCCGUGUGGAGAUGCGGAAGGUGGAGGAAAGACAACUACCGAGGAUGGAGAUGCCCUUGGCUGAAUUCCUCGACAGAUAUCAAACCCACGAUGAGUACCUUGUCGCAAAAGUUCCAGAUUACUUGAAGAAAGACGUGCUACUUCCGCCAUCUUUGCAUUGCACAAACGUCACAGCGAAUUUGCUGGAAACGAUGCUUUGGUUUAGUAGCGGCGGUACCAAGUCUCAUUUGCAUACCGACUACGUAGACAUCAUCAACUGUGUGUUCAGAGGCCAGAAAGACUUCCUGCUUGUCAAUUACACCAAGUACAGAGACCAGAUUGUCUACGACCACCCAGAGGGAUUCUACUCGAGCGUAGACGUUGAACGAGUUGACUUAAACAAAUUUCCCGGACUGAGAAACCUCGAGUUCAUGGAGGCUAAACUGGAAGCCGGCAACUGCCUCUACCUCCCCUUCAAAUGGAUACAUCAGGUGAAUUCGCAUGGCAGCAAUGUUGCGGUCAACAUAUGGUGGAAUCACCAAGCCUACGCCGUGCCCAGCCCGGAGUCCUGCGGGAGGCUUGAUCCAGGGCUCUCGCUGGCCGAUGUUCGCUUCUAUUACCACGAAGAGCCAGACGCUUACAAACGGCGAGAUCUCCACCCAGAACUGGAUUUCGUCGAGGACCCGUCGGCAAAUUUGAUGGCAUUCAUGGACGAAAAGGAGACCGAGUCGUUGACAGAGCGGCAGUUUCUGGAAUUCAUGGACAUGAUAAUGCCAGGACAAGAUCACGGUAACAUUUGGACCGAGGAGGCCUUGGGUCUCGUACACCAGAUAUUCCAAAUACUUGACAUCGAUGGCGAUGGGGAGAUAGCAUCACAGGACGCAGAAAAGUUUCCUAAAGAUAUCAACAAGUUUCUGCCCUUUUCCAUCAAUUUGGGACAGAAGAUGAUGGUCUUGGGUGACAUCGUCGAUGGGCAGAUCACAAAACAAAAACAGGAACUUCUGAAGAACUUUGGAAAGGUGUCGCAUGCUGGAAGCGCACCGUCGCUCCAAGCCAACAGCAAGGCCAAUGAACAACCUCCUAUGUCCAAGCAGGAACUGUGACAUUUCAACAAGUAGUUAUACAACAUACCUUGACUGGCUAUACACUUUUCCGCUCUAUUUUAAAGAAAUUGUAAAGAUUUUAUGGGAGAAUCAAGUGAAAAUGAUCAGAGUUUUUUACUUCUUGCCACUGACACCGCUGUCUGCAAGCCUGUAACCCGGAUAUUGUUUAUUGUCAUAAUACCUGUAGUACUGUUGGACGGGGAAGUCCCGACGGAGUCCCAGCGUUGCAACACGACACCGCUUGCGGUUGGACACAAAAAUCCUGAGUGUGUAAUGAAUGAUUAUUCAAUAGAAGUGUUCCAGGAAUGUCUUUCGUAUUUAGUAACCCAACCAUGGAGUUGCAUGCAAACUGGAAAAACACUUCAUCAUCCAGUUCCAUUAUAAACCCAGUGGAAACGAAACGCUGACAAUUGUGGGGAGAAGUCCUUCCUUUCAGGAAUCUUGGUUGAAAACUUUCGUACUCCGAAUGUUGAUAUCGCGAGAAUCAAUAGCGCUUGAAAUUAAGUGUCUUUAUAAGUUGAAGGAGAUCUCUCUGGAUGGAUAUGCUGUCGCUCUGCUAGUUAAUAGUGUCAUAACAAACAUAAUUUGGUUUCAGCUUCUAUCGUCAGCACCCCUGGUGUGUAUUGUAUCUGCAUUACAUGGUGACAGCUUGCGAUAAUAAUAUUAAUUGCGUAACUGAA